AGCCAGCAGUGGAGGGCAUUUGAAACCGAAAUAUUCGCGUUGCGCCAUUGAAAACAACACGGUUUACCGUUUACGAUGGCUAGAUCGACAACGGAUAGCUAUUCGGUACACCUAGAAACAAUAAAAAAUAUAGCAGAUUUUAAAACUAGGACUGAGGCACACUUUACCUGGCUCGAAGAAAUUCUUGUGGAAUCAAAGAGAGCAUUUGCCAGGCCUGAUAUUGAGCCACUCCCUAAGACACCAGGCACAAAACGGGGAAGAUGCCGUCAGAUUAAAGCUGUGCCAAAAUACUGUAAUGAAGAUGAAGAUGAAAACAACGACAGCCUCAGCAAAGCCACGCAUGAGCCCAAGGCAAGGCGCAAGCUGACCGUCGAGACUCAUGUGGAUGCUGCAUUGUCUAUCCCCGACGAUGCCAUCGCAGAAGAGGGGAGUGAUGUGGUAUUGGAGUGUAAAAGAGGUCGGCCACAGCGGGUUGCUUCUCCCAUUGCCUCCAUGAAGUGGUCUAUGCAGCUGGAGAUUAUGAAGCGUAAAAGGCUUCCGAGUCAGCAGCGACUGGCAUCUAUGUCAGCAACGUGCUUGGCCGAAGUUGAGCGUAUCAAGCCUAACCAAAACAAGCUUCGCAAUGUGGCGUUUAGUGAGCAGCCACCACAACAACAAGCAGAACCCCAAGAUGCACCAGUGGUGGAAUUGCACUCAGACAGUGACAAAGAGAGUGAGGCAGAAGUUGAGCCUGUUCCCAAGAAGAAGCCAAAAAGAUGCAAGUUAAGUAGAAAGAAAAGAAAUGCCAAAUCAUCAAUUAUACAUAUAGUGGAAAGUGACACUGAAGAGGAACCUUUGGCAGAGGAACUCGGAUGCUCGGAUAGUACAAACAGUGAUGUCUUCGAGGCAGGUAGUCCAACUGAAACUGAGCAGGCUAUGGCCGUUGGUGUUGCACUUAGUCCUGUCAUUGUUUUAGAUCGAAUUGAAGUGUUUGAUCCUGAAACUCCAAAAGUCUCAAAGCCAUUGAAUCAGGUAGUAGAUAUCAAGCCUGCUGCAGAUGAGAUCCACGUCUCGAAAGCUGCAAUCACUGACACAGUCUCCACACCAACAACACAGCUGCUUUUAGGUCAAUCAAGUAAGCAAAUGACCCCCACAACGCCGACUGAAAGGUUCUCACCUUACGCAAGUCCACCAGUCAAAUCUAGAGUAAAGGCUUUCGAAGCCAUCGCAGAGAAUGCGAGCAUUGUAAACAUAUCACACAGUUCUGCAGCCAAUACGAGUGUGAACAAGUCUAUUCUGAUGCACCAGUCAGAGUCUGUCUCCUCGUCACCAGUUGAUCCAAAAAUGAUGUCCGCAAAAGUGAUGGUGACAAACAUUGUGUGCGCGAUUAAGCACAAGUACCAUCAGAUUAUUGGAACACCCGAGAAAGCAGAUUGCAGCAUGGAGCAGUCGUCUGUCAUUCAUGCAUCGUCAGACACCGACGGAGAGCAAGCCACAGAAAAGUCCGCACAAACGAAUGUGAUAAAACCGGAUAGCAACGAGCCGCAUGCCCCAUUGGAGAUGAUCGUGGAAGACAGCGUCGAGCGAGUUUGCGGUGCUGUGGAUAAAGAAGCGAUAGUUUCCCUGCAUAACCUUAGCAAACAGGAAAUUGCUGAAAUCCAGCGACCUUCGUUGAGCGGUGACACCACUGAAGUAUGUCGGUUGAGCAAUGAGAGAAGGUCGGCGGGGCGUAGCAGUGUGUCGAGGAGGUCUGGGCGACGAAGUAGUGUAUCAAGAAGGUCAGGGCGGCUCAGUAGUGCCAUGCUGAACCGUGCGUCCCUGCAGCAUGGCCACAGACGCUCCUCCCUGCUUGGCAAGAAGCUGAUGAAACAAGCGGAGGAGAUGCAAAUGAUAAAAGAUGUGAAACAGGCAGCCGCAGAAUUGAGGAGGAGCAGUAGACGAUCUAGAAGCAUAGCUUUAACUGAUGAAGAGAUGCCGCCACCACUUCCGACUGUCCCACCGGUGUCGAAACCUAUUCGCAGUGCUCGCACCAAGGUGCAGCAGCCGAAGAUGGAUGUUAAGGACCUUCCCGUCGUCGAUAGCAACGAGGAAGCUGAGGAGCCUGAGCAGACGAGUGAGCCAGCACCACAGCGUGUCACGCGCACCAAGGUGCGGCAGCCGAAGAUGGAUGUGAAGGACCUUCCCGUCGUCGAUAGCAACGAGGAAGCUGAGGUGCGUGAACAAACGAGUGAGCCAGUACCACAGCGUGUCACGCGCACCAAGGUGCGGCAGCCGAAGAUGGAUGUGAAAGACCUUCCCGUCGUCGAUAGCAACGAGGAAGCUGAGGAGCCUGAACAGACGAGUGAGCCAGCACCACAGCGUGUCACGCGCACAAAGACCCGACAGAUGCUAAAGAGCAGGACUUCCCCGUGUUCUUCCCCUAGUGUUGCAGCCUGCAAUCAGGUAGCUAAUUCUGCUCCAGACGGUUUGGGUAAGGGUCGUCAGCUAGAAGAGAGUGAAGAAGAGAGAGGUGUGGCCACGCCGACCGAGGCUCGACCAAGGCAAACAACCCGAGCAGUUGACCAGAAUGCACGGUGCCGCGCUGAGACGCCAGUUGACAGAGGCAGUUCCAGCCAAAAGAGCACUGAUAACGAAGCUUCAGACUUCUGUACCCCACCAGAGCGGCCGAUGAGAAUCACUAGGUCAAAAAUGCCGAAGAAAGGUGUUGCUGCUGAUGUUGCAUCGGGUAAACCACCUAUACACCCGGUGGCGAUGACUGAUAGUGACGGUGGAAAGCGCUCCUCAAGGAAGAGACCGAGUGACUCGCAUCUGUCGGGUUCUGCACGUGCAAAACAAGCACGUUUCAAGCACAAUGGGCAAGCAACAAACAUCAUUCGGAUGAGUAGAAAACCGAAUGGAGGCAAGACAUCGAGCGAUUCUGACUCUGAGACUGUUGGAGAUGGUGGGUCUGCAGACCGGCAACCUACACGCACGAGAGGCGCCCAGGUGGUGAACCCAGGUUCAGAAAGACGCAUCACACCUAACACAUGUCCUUCCAACAAGAUAAUAAGACCUGGAGUAAAGACAUUCAUUGGCAGUGCUAGCAAAAGGCCAGCCAAUCUGGUGGUACCCACUUCUUCUAAUGGCAUCAUCUCUUCUUUUAUAAGCCGUAAUUCACCUAAGAAGGUGACGGUGCAAGAGAAAGAGGCGCGGCGGCAGCACGAGCUGAGGAGGAAGAAGGAGAAGGAGGAGCAGGCCGCUCGCAAGCGCCGUGAGAUGCUGCAGGAGCUUGCGCUGGAGAAGAAGCGCAAGCGGGAGGAGAGCGCCAGGCGCGUGCUCGAGACCAGGCUCGCGCGGCAGCAUGCCGAGCAGGAGAAGAAGGCUCUCCUCCUCGAGAGCAGGUUGCACCGGCGCAACCCGCAGGAGAGGGAGCGCCAGGAGAAGCUGCUGCAGGAGAAGCAAGAACUUAGGAUGCAGAGGCAGCAGAACGCACAAGAGAAGCGCAUUCAGGAGAACGAUCAGCGCUUAAAUCGCAUCCGGGAGCAGGAGGAGGAGAAGCUCCGGCAUGACGCGAUGUUUAUCCGGAAGCGAGAUUUUGAGGAACAGGAGAGGCAGGAGAAGCUGGCGGAACAGAAGAGGCUCCAGGACGAAAAGUUGGCAGAUUUAGAAAGACAGCGGAUUGAUGAGCUUGAUCGGCAACAACGCAUAGAGCAGGAAAAACAGAGGGAGUGGCAGCGACAGAAGGAAGAGAAGGAAUUGGUGUUGGAAAAGGAGCGUCAACAGAGAAAGCGGAUGGAGCUGGAACGCCAAAGGGAGAAAGAUAGACUUGCACAGAAGGAGAUUGAAAAACAGCGAGAAAUAGCACGUCAGCACUUGUUGAAGGAGGCUGAGGAAAAGAGGCAGGCUGAAGAAGAUCGGAAGAGGCAAGAAGAGGUUGCCCGGCUCAUUCAGAAACACAACAAUGCAUUGAAGGUUGUCAACAGUACUGCGAAUCUCAACUCAACCUACAAUAACAGCAGUGCAAUGGGACAGCAGGCAAAGAAGAACAACAUUGACUCAUAUGAGCUAACUCCCAAGGCAGUGAAGCCCAAACUGAGAAAGACUGACUGUUACAACAUCAAUGAUUUGCACUCAGAUGAUUCCACCGACAACGAAGACGAGCCCCGCAAGAGAAUACCUGACUGGGCACAAGGAGUUCAGCUGAAGACAGCAAUCAUCAGUCAGCACUACGAAAUGCCAGACAUCAACGAAAUCUUUGACGUCAUGGACAUGCCCAAACUGGAGGACAUGUUUGUGAAGCUGCGAGCGCGAUUCCACAAGCGCACCAGCUCAGCUCACUGGCGCACGCCGAUCCAGCAUCCUGGUGACGAGUACUCGUUUCUCGACAACAGCAUGCAUCCGUAAUCAUCCAUGCCCGGGAGGGAAUCCCCGUGUAAUAUGUGCUCGAUGCUGUUAUUGUUAUGUAGGCUAGAUUUCACCGCGUUCUCGAUUUAUAAAGCUUCUGUGUCUAUCGUUUGCGGAUAAAUGCUGUUUCGUUUAUUGUCCACGUAACUAAUUGUUGCUGCGCUU